CGCUGGACAUGCAGAUGUGCAUACAUAUCAAUUGCCCGGUCGGCGAUGGAGAGAAUUUUUUUGAUAGCGUUUCUGUAAUGUCUUCAAGAACACGCAACUCUUGCUUCUAGGCCAGAUAGGACUUAUUUUAGCUCCUUCUCCCUCCGGGGACCGACAUUUACGGACGUCGGGUCCGCCUUUUACCUUGACACGUGCUCGCAAUACGUCUGUUUCAACUACCGGUAUCCCUUGAUUUUUUUUCGAGUGCCCAGACUGGUCAAGGCAAGGCAGCCAAGAAGGAUGGCAUGAUGCAAGGGCAAGAGGAGCCGCCGUCCGUGGCGCAGCUCCGUCGUCUCUUCUACCCAUCGCAGGCAGACAAGCACGAGGAGGGAAAGGGAAGGGUGACGCCCCUCCUGCCCUUUUCCGACGAGGGGCAGGCAGAACGAUGGGCGCAGGCCGAUCUCGAAAGCCAGCUGCUCUUGGCUCAGGUGGUGCGGCAGGCCAUCUUGCCGUGGUAUGCUCGCAUUACCCAGGACCGUGACUUCAUUGUCGAAACCGUGAUUGCGCUCCGCUCGGCGCUCCAGGUCGCAUUUAGAGCUGCGUCCACGUCGUCCGGCACGAGCAGCAGCGUCCUCUCUCUUUUCGUGUCCGAGGAGCUGCCGGCGCUGCUCAUACAGCACUACCGCGAAUAUCGAAGGGCGUCCGAUGUCUACCCGUCAUUCGGGUCACUAGCGGGCGGCCCGACGGCAUCCCAAGUCUACCUUGCGUCAAAUCCGCACCCGGCCCUGUCCGUCUCUCGACAUGGUCGCUUGCACGUCUCAGAGGCUUACAUUGACUCGCUCUUGCAGUCCCUUCUCGAGGCGUUGCUUCCGUUAGAGCAGAGUAGCUCCGAAGCUCAAGUUGCCAUCCUGAGGGACGUCAUCAAGGGCUCGAUAACCAAUCAGCUUCGGAUCAGAGGUCGCGGGACAUGGGUGCUCGUCCGCGCCAUCGGCCAACUCAUGGGCAGAGACCUCUCUAUCUCGUCUUCGUUGUCAUCACAGGCUUCUCUGUCACCAGCGUCACCAGCGUCACCAGUGUCACCAGCGUCACAGGAGCACACCGUCGAUGUUGGCUCGAUUGCGACGAGCCUGCUGCACGGAUUGUAUGCGCUUGCGUCGAUGUUGAUGCCUCUUGUCGUCAGGUCCUAUCUCGACCUCUUCACACCCAAUGCCGAGCUGCGCCGGAGCAGCGAGGCUCCAGCUCGAGGGUCCAGACUGCGUCAGAAGCGAGCAGCUGCCAAUGGAAGCAACAGCGGCAGGAGUACCAGCAGCAAAAGCAGCGUCGUGUCGAUCCUCCCAACGGUGCACUUGGCCGUGGAAGCUCUCGAGCUGCCGAAAAGGGCUCUCGGCUCGUUUUUCGUCUGGAUCUGCCAGCUUUCUGCCUUGUGGCACCUUGACCAGUCCAUUGCUAGAGCAAGCUGUUGAGUUCUUGACACCAAAUAAGGUGGCGGGGUGGAUUCGACUGGCUCGCGAAGCCCUCGUCGAGUCUCAGAACCAGCCUCCUCCCCCUUCGGCUGUGGAACCGCCCCUCCUGGUGCAGC